UUCCCAAAAACGAAAAACUGUCUCCCCCGGAGGAUUUUUCAGAUCUUCUGGGGCCAUUUCCGUGUUUAAACUGGAUCGAUUGUAGAAGUUAUUUGUUUUUGAUGGUAAAAUUUGGAGUUUGUUCGACAAGAUUUUGGAGCUUUUAUUCUAGGAUUUUGCCCUUUUUGUGAAUCGAGGGACUUUGUUCUUUGUGUACAUUAUUUUUUGAGUAUAGUGGUUACUGUAAGAUUGUUUGGAAGAAUCCACAGGUCCGUUCGCUAGCUAGAAGGAUUCUUUUGGAAAAAUGAGCUGCUUUUCUUGUUGUAGCGUGACGGAGGUCGAGGACGCCGGCGAGAGGAGGGUAGCGAGAAAGAUUGGGGCGACAGGGAAGGAGCCGGCUCCCGUGGCAUUUGCUCCGACGAGGGUCAGCGACCCAACCGCGAAGCCUGAAAAAGCCCCUCUAAAGACCUCAACUGGGAAUGCAGCUGAAAUAGCACGGAAAAAGAAAACUGGAAAUGGAAACAUCGCUGCAAAAACAUUUACAUUCCGCGAGCUAGCUACAGCUACCAGGAAUUUCCGUGCUGACUGCCUGAUAGGAGAAGGGGGAUUUGGCAGAGUUUAUAAAGGACGUCUUGAGAAAACUAACCGGCUUGUGGCUGUUAAGCAACUAGACAGGAAUGGUUUGCAAGGCAAUGAAGAGUUUCUGGUUGAGGUUUUGAUGCUUAGCCUCCUCCAUCAUCAAAAUCUGGUCAAUCUUAUUGGUUAUUGUGCUGAUGGAGAUCAGAGACUCUUGGUGUAUGAGUAUAUGUCCUUAGGUUCUUUGGAAGACCAUCUGCUUGAGAUCCCUCCUGAUCAGAAACCAUUAAGCUGGUAUACUAGAAUGAGUAUAGCUUACGGUGCUGCUAAAGGUCUAGAAUACUUGCAUGAGAAGGCCAACCCACCUGUGAUAUAUCGUGAUCUCAAAUCAUCCAAUAUCUUACUUGAUGAAAGUUAUCAUCCAAAGCUCUCCGAUUUUGGACUAGCUAAGCUCGGUCCAAUGGGAGAUAACCUGCAUGUCUCAUCGAGGGUGAUGGGCACAUAUGGCUACUGUGCACCAGAGUAUGCACGAACAGGUCAGCUCACUUUGAAGUCAGAUGUGUACAGUUUCGGAGUUGUUUUGCUGGAGCUAAUCACAGGGAGAAGAGCCAUUGAUACAACCAAGGAUAUGGAUGAACAGAAUCUGGUCACUUGGGCACAACCCAUGUUCAAAGACCAGAAGCGGUAUGCGGAGCUUGUCGACCCACUGCUCCAAGGGGACUACUCACAGAGAGGCUUGAAUCAAGCUGUUGCUGUGGCUGCAAUGUGCCUGCAAGAGGAAGCUGAAGUCCGACCAUUGAUGGCUGAUGUUGUUGUGGCCUUGAGCUUCCUUACAGGAGGACCGGCUGAUCAUGAAGGGAGCUCUGCUCAUUCCUCCCACUCCACACCAUGGGAAGAAGAUGUUGAAGCAGAUGAACAUGGCUUGCAAGAUUUGAUUGCUUUCGAUCGCCAGCAAGCGGUUGCAGAGGCCAUCCGAUGGGGUUCGAGUUCAAGACACGGCCAGGGGGUGCAGCAUCAAACUGCUGGUUCAUUGUAAUAUAAUAGAUUGUCCGAAUUUGGUCUUGUAGUUAUAUUAGUAUCAGAGCCGCCCUGGGGCGGGUCAAACUGGGCGACCGCCCCAGCCCCCGAAUUUUUUUUUUUUUGGUUAAACCAAACGUCGUUCUUUCUCUCUUGAGUUCCGGCAUCCCAACAGCUCCCAGCAACAGCUUUUUAGCCCUCAUCAUCUCGAUUUUUCUUAUAAUUUUCCAUCAUCUCUCAUCACCUCGCAACGCCUCCCUUGAUUUCUCCCUGUUCUGCUGUUCAUCGGUGAUUCUUUCUUAUUUUGGGUAUCAAAAAUCAGUUCAAAAUCCAUAAAAAAGUCAAGUAAAUCUUUUCAAUCAUUCUCUUUCAAUCUGCUAUGAAUUUUAAACUUGAUUUUUUGCUGAUUUAUUGUCAGAAAAAAUUUUGAAAUCCUAGUUCAGCAAGUUCUCUUGUUUUUUCAUUUUUUUUAUCUUUCCGGUACCGUUAGGCCGCCGCCGGUCACCGGAGCCUGUGGUUGUCAUCGUUCGGUCGUCGAAGACCGCCCCUUCAGUUGUAGGCGGUGUUGGUCGGGGAGGAGGAUCUCCCUUGUGGCAUUGUCUCAGAAACAGGGAUGAGUUCUCUGUUUUACUUAAAAAAAAAAGAGAAAAGGUCCCUGUUUUACUGUGAAAAAAAGAAGGAAAAAAUAAAAAAACUGUGAUAACUGUACUUGUGCGACUCUUGUGGUUUGUUUACCUGUUAUCCAUUUGGUAGGCUUGUCGUU